CCCCCCCAGGCGGAACUGUACUUCGCAGACUCCCCCCCUCCUCCUCGUGCCUGUUGCUAGGCAGACUUCGCACCUGGCCGCACCUGUGGGGCAGGCCUUUGAGGGGAGGGGGGUACAGUUGCGCCUCACUGAACACUAGGGAGGGGGCAGGCUGCGCUGGGCCGAGUUUACCCCCUCCCCCACCCUAUUUUGGGGUGUUAGUGGGAUGGGCUGAAUUUACCCCUCCCCCCUGCUUGGUGUUACUGUUUUUGGGAGGUGCUGACCACCCCCUCCAUUUUGGGGGGUGGGUGGGAUCCAUUAUCGUCAGGGGCAGAGCCCUCCCCUCCUCUACUUGACAGCAUCAUUGGGUGGGUAGUGCCUUCUCUGGGGACAUUAUUGGGGGCCCUAGCCUCCAUUCUGAGGGGGUGGUAUUGGGAGAUUACACCCUGUUUUGGAGGUGGUGUUUCUGUUUCUAGUUUGAAGCCAUGUCAGGAUCAACUCCAAAACAGACCUCCAGUCCGCAGACAGUUGCUGGUGUUCCGGAUCCUGCUCCUGCUGGACCUGAAGUCCCAACUGACAGCUCCUUUGGUGAGCAAAACCUAAGCUUCACCACCACAGACCUCAACCUGGUGGAAAUGACGGAAAUAGAGUACACCCAGCUUCAGCACAUACUCUGUUCACACAUGGAGGCACAAGCAAACGAAGGCGAAAUGGAAGCUAGGCUCAAUUCUGCUUUCUUCUCAGCUAGUAAUCCUGCAGAUCAACCUCAGCACCAGUCCUCAGUGAACACCAAUCAAGCUGGCUAUCCAUCAUACUCUGGGAACCAGUCAGUUUACCCAGUUAUCUGUCAGUCAGGUCUGUCUUCUGACAGCAAUUUAAUGGGUUCAAACCAAUGUCUGGGGCACAUUGACUUUCAAGAGCUCAGAAUGAUGCUACUUAGUGAAUCUAAUCUCCCUUCUAAUGAAGUAGAUAAAACACCUAAUAGCAGCUCUGUAGAAGUCACAGGGCACAGUAUAGUAAGAGUUAAACAUGGUGAAAAUUUUGGUGGGACAAAUAAAGAAACUGUACUUGUUGAAAAUUCAGCACCAGCUCCUGAGCCUAGAUCUAAAUCUGCAGUUCGUGUUCGUUUGGAAGACAGAUUCAACAGCAUCCAGACAGAAAAUCCCAGAUGUCAAGAGCCACAAGACUCUGGAGUGACUCUUAACAAUUUAGUAACACUUAUUCGUCAACCAGCAGAACUAAUGGGUGUGCCUCUUCACCAGCAGCAGAAUAAAUGUACUACAUUAGUGAAAAAUAAGACUGCUGCUGCAGCUACUGCUUUACAGUUCACAUAUCCAUUAUUUACUAUGAAUGCCUGUUCUACUUCUGGAAGUGCUAACCCUUCACAAACACAGAACUCUGGCACAUCAUGUACUAUUCUGGAAGCUGCCAAACAUCAAGACCUUGGAUUACCUAGAACAUUCUCUUUCUGUUAUCAUCAGGAAAUUGAAUCCACUAAACAAACAGUAGGCACUAGGAAUAAAGCUUUACCUGAACAAGUUUGGAUUAAAGUAGGAGAAGAAGCUUUAUGUAAACAAGCAAUAAACAAAAGAAGUCGCAGCAGAAUACGCCAGUUGGAUGCAAAUGUAGACCGCAAACCUCUUAGUGAAAUUCAAAAUAUAUGUGAUAGCCAAAAUACUGCAUCUGCACAAGGUACUUGGCAGUCAACACAGGUAAAUUCAAGUAUGCAGGCACAGAGUGGAACUCAGGGAGGAAUCUCUCAGCGCCGGGAGAGACAUAACCGCAUGGAAAGAGACAGAAGGCGCAGAAUCCGGAUUUGUUGUGAUGAAUUGAAUCUUCUGGUUCCAUUCUGCACUGCUGAUACUGAUAAGGCAACAACAUUACAGUGGACAACAGCAUUUUUGAAAUAUAUUCAGGAAAGGCACGGGGAUUCCCUGAAAAAGGAAUUUGAGACGGUGUUCUGUGGUAAAACAGGCAGGAGACUAAAACUAACAAGAGCUGACUCAUUAGUAACAUGUCCAAUGCAGGAAAACAUACAGAAUACCACAGCAAUGGAGAUCAAGUAAUUUGAACUAAAUACCCAGCGUUUUAUGGAAAGUAUUGAUACCUAAUGAUGUUCCAUAGCAAUUAUUUUAUGUCCACAUACUGGACUUCAUCUCCUGUGACUAAUUUGAAAUUGAAGGAUCCAAGAGUGACUUGCAAAAUAUAAUUUGUAAAAAUACAUAAAUAGAACAGUAAAGAAAACAUUCUUUAUUCAAAAUGGAAAGAUAAAUGAAUUACCAACAAUAUUAAUUGAUCAGUGUCCUCUUAGAGAGCUUUGGGACCAGAAGCAACAAGAAAAUGUCAUGACAGCCACUAAAUAUUUUUUCCCCCAAUAGCUACCAAAAUCCAUUUUAACUUGAUACAAUAUAGUUAGAAAUUGUUAUAGACCAUCAACCUGUCCUGUUGUAUUUAGUCAGUCAUGAAUGUACAUGCCUGUUAAAUGUAAAAUAAAUAAAUAAAUAAAGAUGCCAUUAUAGUGCCCAUUUCACAACUGAAACAGUGAGAAAAUUAAAUUGGUUAGUGCUUGUAUAAUAAGUACACAUCUUACAAACAAUAUUAUAUGCAUUGGAAUUCAAAUUUGAAGUUCAUAUUGAACCGUACAUCCCCAUAGGACUAAAGAAUCAUACAAUGCUAUAUUGGCAUUGCUUUUAAAAUACAGUAGUAUUUUAAAUACUUCUUGCACAAACUAUCCAACAAUUUUCCUGUAUUGUUGCUUUAGUCCAAAAGUGGUAUAUUGUAAACGGUGAAUUAUUUAAGUGCACAAAAUAUUUUCAUAUUAAAAGAGUAGAAAUGUCUCUACUUGUUAAUAAGAUGCAAUGUUCAGGACAGAAAUAGUAUAUUUUAUGAACUGAAAAAGUGGCUUUAUUAAUUUCUUAAAACAGAUGAUGCUGACAGGUUUUAUAGUACAAAAAAAAGUCACCCCAAAAUAAAUACUGUUUUAAAUCACGGAUAUUCACAAUUUUGCAACAAUUUAUUUCUAAAUAAUUCUAAUAAAAACAAUUGGGGGAAGAUGGGAUUUAGUAGAACAAGCUUUGAUGUGUAUAAUGACAGUUACAACAUCACAAAAAAAGGUUAAAAAAAAUCUCCUUUUAUUUUUACAAUAGUUCAUACAGUAAUUUUGGCUGGUGUUGAGAAGAGCAUCCUUUCUGACUUGGGAUUUUUUUCACAAAUUCUGUGCAAAUAGCUGAAGUAGAGGGUGUGAAGAUGCUGUUAUUGAAUAUCCUUUAUUAUAACAUGGAAAUAUACAAAAACUCUCCCCUGUAAAUUAUAAUAUAUACAUUACACCCUUUGCAGAGUUAGAUUUCAAGAGUGCAAAGGGUUUAACAUUUACUAGCCAUGGCAAAUGUUUGAGGUACAGUCUAAUAAUUCAUGGUGGACAACAAAUAUACAUGGUCAAUGAUGUUCAAUUAGUGCCUGAAUCACUACUGAAUUCAGUGAGCAUAGACUCAAGCCUUUAUGCAAAAUAGCCACAAGCUUUUGUACAGUUAGGGAGAUGACAGUAAAAGGAGCAGCACUUCCUCCUGUAGGUCUCUUCAACAAACUGGGGAGGAAGGGAAAGUGAGACUGAUUUGCAGUAAAAAUUCUGGAAAAUAAGGGGUGAGGGUGGGGAAGCAAUUUUAAGCAUCUUUUUAGUAAAGGUUUUUGUCUGAUGCUUUCCUGUGUCAUGGAACUGAAUUACUGUGUCAAAGUCUCCAUUUAUUCAUUUUAAUAAAAGGAAUAUUUGUCCAUUUAUCACUA